AUGUCCGCAUCUGAAGCGCGCGACAUUCAACAGGCCGCGCCCGAUGAUGGUGGCAUUGGUCAAGACCUUCCUCAACCAGACACUCAUGCAGCGAGCGACGUGAAGGGCAAAGGAAAAGGCAAGGCUGCAGAGGUGGUCGGUGAGUGUGCAGCGUUCGUAUUGUAGGGCUUGAACGCUUGAACGCAAGGGCCGUCACGAAUCAUCGCGCAUUGUGGCGUGCGUGAAGCUUUUGAGUCAAAGUUUGGGCGUGCAGUUCGAGUACGCUGUCAUUAA